UUGGCGAUUGCAAAUGAAAUGAAAAUGGCCGUGUCGUGGGUGUGAGUUAGAAUAUUGGUGUUGGUGUCACAUGGUCUUUAGUUGGUUAUUGAAAUACUUUAUAGUUUUGUCGUGUUUUGUACUUUGAUAAGUGAUUUGUAGUGUUAUUUCAUAAUUUGCGUAAUAAGUUAUCGAAAUGGCUGCUAUUACUAUGUUAAACCCCAAAGCCGAGUUUGCUCGUGCUGCUCAAGCUCUAGCUGUUAACAUUUCUGCAGCAAAAGGUAUUCAAGAUGUUAUGAAGUCUAAUUUAGGUCCUAAGGGUACAAUGAAAAUGCUUGUCUCAGGUAGUGGUGAUAUUAAAAUAACUAAAGAUGGCAAUGUUUUACUUCAUGAAAUGCAAAUUCAACAUCCUACUGCAUCUCUCAUAGCUAGAGCUUCUACAGCUAUGGAUGAUAUGACAGGAGAUGGUACAACCUCAACUGUUCUUAUUAUUGGUGAACUACUUAAACAAGCAGAUCUUUACAUUGCUGAAGGUCUACAUCCACGUAUCAUUGUUGAAGGAUUUGAGAAAGCCCGCACAAAAUCACUAGAAAUCCUGGAUUCUAUGAAAAUUCCAAUUGAGAUUAAGAGAGAAAACCUCUUGGAUAUCACUCGAACCUGUCUACGCACCAAGCUAUCAGCUCAAUUGGCUGAUAUCUUGACUGAUAUUUGUGUUGAUGCAGUCCUUGCAAUCCAAAAGAAAGACACUGAAUUAGAUCUCCACAUGGUUGAAAUAAUGGAAAUGCAACAUAAAACAUCAAGCGAGACAUCUCUAAUCCGAGGUAUUGUGAUGGAUCAUGGUGCGCGUCAUCCAGAUAUGCCAAAACAAGUGAAAAAUGCUUAUGUCCUUGUAUGCAAUGUAAGCAUGGAAUAUGAGAAGAGUGAAGUAAACUCAGGAUUCUUUUACAAGACUGCUGAGGAACGAGAAAAAAUGUUAGUGGCUGAACGUGAGUUCAUUCUUCAGCGUGUUGAAAAGGUCAUUGCUUUAAAAAAGAAACUCUGUGAUAACACAGACAAGUCCUUUGUUCUCAUAAAUCAACAAGGAAUUGACCCACUUUCUCUGGACAUGCUUGCUAAAGAAGGAAUUCUUGCUUUGAGGAGGGCUAAGAGAAGAAAUAUGGAGCGACUUACCCUUGCUUGUGGAGGAAUGGCUAUGAACUGCUUUGAUGAUCUUCAGGAAGAGCAUUUGGGCUAUGCAGGUUUGGUUUAUGAGCACAUAUUGGGUGAAGAUAAGUUUACGUUUGUGGAAGAAUGCAAAAAUCCUCUCAGUGUCACCAUCCUCAUCAAAGGACCAAACAAGUACACGCUAACUCAGAUUAAGGAUGCUGUUCGGGAUGGACUACGUACUAUAAAGAAUGCUAUUGAUGAAAAAGUAAUAGUACCAGGAGCAGGUGCUUUUGAAGUAGCUGCUUCACAGGAGUUACUUUCCUUUAAGGACACUGUGAAAGGUAAGAUGAGACUUGGGAUCCAAGCAUUUGCAGAAGCUCUACUUGUUAUUCCAAAAGUACUAGCUAUCAACAGUGGCUUUGAUGUUCAAGACACUAUUGUCAAACUUCAAGAGGAGUACAAAAGCAGUGGUGGUCCAGUAGGGUUAGAUAUCAAUUCAGGAGAACCAUUGAAGCCUACAGAUGCUGGUAUUUAUGACAACUUGGGUGUGAAGAGGCAAUAUAUCAAUUCUUGUACUGUUAUAGCAAGCAAUCUUCUACUUGUUGAUGAAAUCAUGCGAGCCGGACUGUCAUCUCUGAAAGGUUAAAACAUCUUUGUGACAAUAUCUAUUAGGCUAGUAUUUUAGCGAAGGUAUAUAAUUUAUUAAAAGUAAUCCAACUCUUAAUUGUAUUAGGUCCACUAAAAAGCAUUAAAUUAAGUCAGGCGCUGAAAUUCUGCAGGCUAAUAAAUUUAAAAUUAUUAGCCUAUUGAAUAUUGGAUUUAAAGUAAGAAUUUGGAAAGUAAAGAACAAAGUAUGAAAAUAUUGUAAGCCCUAUAGGAAAUUUAAUGAGUUUGAUUACUUUCAAUAAAUUAUAGAUCUACAUUAAAAACUAAUGGAUAACGUUGAAAUAACUUUGUAUUAUUUAAUUUAACAUCUUAUGUUCAAUGUUAAUUUUUUUUGUUCUUUCUUCUGUAAUAAAACCUCAGAAACAAAUUUACAUUAAACUUAAUUAACACAUAACACUAAAUCACAAGUAUUUAAACAUUGACUUAUUUAAUUGAAAUGUAUUAGAAGUAAUGCUACGCUUUAUAUUAAAAUUCUGUUUGUAUA